AUGGCGGACCGGUCCUCCUUCACGACCGUCUUCGCGCCCUCGUCGCUCCCCUUCCCCAUCACGAUCCAGCGCCUACUCGUGCAGCAACCCCAUAGCCCCAUCACCAAGACCCAAGCCCUGUUCACCUAUUCGUUUGUUCCCCGAACGGCCGCGCCUGGGCCUAGUGAGGGGAAGGAGGAGCGCUUGUGCAAGGUGUAUGAGAGUCCUAUCGAGGGACAGUUCGAGGGAUGGGCUGACCACAUCCGUCACGGCACUGUGGUGCGGGAUACACAGUACGUUCUUAUAUUGACUUCGUCUGGGUAGCGUGGUGCACCCACUACCCCCGUGACUCGAACCAGCGGAUCGACGCGACGGCGGAAGGAAGCGCGGUGGACGAACAUCACUUUGGGCAAACGAGCCGAUGUUCAAUACGCAUUUGCAUGACCUCAAGCGGAUAUCGUGUCGCCUUUGUUACAACAUCAAGACCUGACCGACUUGAUGACCCGUCUUCGACCCUCCCAGUGUCCCCCUCGUGUACAUCAAGGAGGACUGCACCCACGACGUUCAACUUCAUGGGCUGUGUGCGCUCUGCGGGAGGGACCUCACAGGGUCAGUCGCAUUCGAAAGCGUUGGGAAAUACGAUGUCGAGCAAAAACUCAUCCGCAAGCUAUGUCCUGGUUCAGAACCGACUACACGGGCUUUUCGGAGACAUCGAGGGCCAAGAUCGCCAUGGUUCACGACGUCGGAGGCUUGACCGUGUCUCUCGAGGUAAGUCGAAUCCUAUGAGCGUCCCGAUAUGCGAAAGAAUGCUUGUGUUGGUAAAAUAAAACUUAUUUUUCGCCUCCAUUACCCCAUCCUGACCCCGUCAAACCUCAUUCUCGCCGAGUUCAGGAAGCCUCCCGUCUCGAAGCAGCGACAACCUCUCGCCUCUUAUCCGCCAAGAAGCUUUCCCUCAUCGUCGAUCUCGACCAAACGAUCGUGCACGCAACAGUUGAUCCAACGGUUGGAGAAUGGCUUACUGAGUCGGACAAUCCGAACCAUGAGGCUUUGGACGGCGUCAAGAGUUUCCGACUGGGGAUGACUUCGGGGGAUCAGAGCGUUGAUGAUGGGUGCAUCUACUAUGUCAAGAAAAGGUCGGUCUCGCAGAGUGUUUCUACAAGGCAUGUGUACGUGUUGUCUGAUCACUUUGUCUCGUCGCGUGCUCUCUAUCUCCUGCAGACCGGGGUUGGAUCAAUUCUUGGCCGACCUGGCAGAGAUUUACGAGAUGCACGUUUACACGAUGGGGACCCGGGCUUACGCGAUCGAAGUGUGCAACGUCAUCGACCCGGACGGAAGACUUUUCGGGGGAAGGAUAUUGAGUCGUGAUGAAUCUGGGAGUGAGUCCACAACGCGAUGAAUUGUGGCGUCUCUCGAGCCGAGCCGAGACUGACGUGCCCUGUGAGCAGGUUUGACCCGGAAAUCAUUGCAGCGCUUGUUUCCGUGGGACGAUCACAUGGUCGUCAUUAUUGACGAUCGGGCAGACGUGUGGGAUGGUGUUCCCAAUCUAGUCAAAGUCAUUCCUUGUACGUGCUGAAGAGAGGGUAUUCCUUCACGGACGUUCGACCCACUGACCCCGCUUCCCACCGUGCUCUGGUUCUCGACAGACGAAUUCUUCGUCGGGAUCGGUGACAUCAACUCGGCGUUCCUACCUCCGAACCCCUCCCCCUCCCCUCUACUCCCUCCCUCUUCCACCUCUCUUUCCUCUUCCACCUCCCCUUCGGCCUCGACCGAUACAACAGACGACUCGACCAUCAUAUCUCUCUCCAUGUCGGAAGCCAAAGCCUCAACGGCCCAAGUCCUCACUGAACAAAUCGAAUCACGACCUUUGGCAGCUAAAGCGCUUGAACAAGCCAAGAAGGAAGGGUCGUCGUCGUCGUCGUCAUCCGUCAAACCCGCCGAUCGAGCAGGGCUGGAUUGGGACGACGAUGAUCAAGAAGACGAAGAGGAGGAGGAGGAUGACGACGAAGAGGAUCAUUCUACCAAGACAUCGGCCCAAGAGGUGGUUAGAUCGACGACGCCACCGCCUCGGGAAGCUGUGCUCAAGGAUGAUGAUAGAGAACUCAUACGGCUGUUUGAUGUGAGUCUGAGUGAACGAACUUCUCCGCGGUUAUCUGGAUGCUAAAUGCUGGCUCGCGCGAUUUGCACAGAUCCUCAAAACGAUCCGCGACACCUUCUAUCGACCUGGCACCUCGUCGACGUCCUCCGACGGAGAUCCUACCACCACCUCCGACGUCAAGAACAUCAUACCUUCCCUAAAGCGACGCACCUUCUCCUUCACCUCCUUGGUCUUUUCGGGUCUCGUAGCACUCGGAACACCGGCCUCCCAAUCCGAAUGGUGGCGACUCGCGACCCUUUUCGGAGCCCACUGCGCCGAAUCCAUCUCCUCCCGCACGACCCACCUCGUAGCUAAAGAAGCAGGGACUGCCAAAGUUCACCAAGCUUUAUCAAUGAAGAGUAUCAAGGUCGUUCGACCGGGUUGGUUGGUCGAUAGUAUUGCUCGAUGGGAGAAGUUGGACGAGAGGGAGUAUCUAUUGAUCACGCCUGAUGAUCCUGAUCCUUCGGGACAAGACGAGGAGGAUGAAGAUGAAGAGAAAGAGGAUGACGAACUUCUGCGAUUGGUGGAGGAAGGAUUACCUUUGGGCGGUGGGGAUUUCGACGACAUCGAUGGAUUCGAUGAAGAGGCGUUGAGAAGGAUGGCGGAACAGGAUGAUCUUGACGCCGAAUUGGAAGACGUCGAUUGGGCCAAUGCGGAGAAGGAGAUUGACGAUGCUUUGGCUGAGAGCGAAUACGAUUCCGAUGCUUCGACGGGGAGUGCGAGGACUUCGAGUUCGGCAAAGGUUUUGAUGGUGGGUUCUUUGGUGGGGAAGGGGAAGAAGAGACCUAGGCCGAGCUCAUUGAGAUCGAAUGGAGGGUCGUCGACGGAUGAUGAGGAACGAGGAGGCUCGAGCGAUUCAAGAUUGAAGAGUGACGCCGGUGGGAAGAAGGAUCAGGCUCGUGCAACUUCCAGUGGGCUCGUCGCGGACAGUCCAUUACAAAAACGAGUCAAGACCUCCCGAAUGCGAAGCUCGAACCUCCUCAAGGUCUCCUUCCCCCACGACGUCAAUUUUGAUUCGGAAGUCCGAAAAGAAGGUGGAGAAUCAGGGGAUCCAGGGACGACGAACACCUCGCGCGCGAGCUCACGUAACGGCGAGACGAGUAGCGAACUCGGGAGUGGGGCCGAGGACGACGAUGAUGAUGAGGCUUUUUUUGCUAGUAUGGCUGAGGAGGUGGAGAAAGAGUGGUCGGGGGAGAACUAA